AUGAGGAGGUACAAGCAUUCCAGGCUGGCCAUUCAUCAGGCGCUGCUGCUGGAAGCGGGCCAGCCACCUCCUACCUCACCACUAAGUCGGAUAGCCCAAGAUGGCACUGAAGGCAAAGAAGGCAGUAUUGAAGGGUGUGCACAGCCACAGAAAGAAGAAGAUCUGAACAUCCCCACCUUCCGGCGACCCAAGACUCUAAGACUUGAAAGGCAGCCCAAGUACCCUUGGAAAAGUGCCCCGAGGAGAAACAAGCUUGCCCACUGUGCCGUCAUUAAGUUUCCCUUGACCACCGAGUCUGCUCUGAAGAAGAGAGAGGACAACACCCUUCAUUGUGGAUGUCAAGGCCAACAAGCAUCAGAUCAAGCGAGCCAUAAGAAGCUUUAUGACAUCGAUGUGGCCAAGGUCAACACACUGAUCAGGCCGGAUGGAGAGAAGAAGGCCUGUGUCUAA